CUUUCACCUCUGAGUUAGACAUUAACUAAUGGGUGGGCCUUUGACCGGCCAACUUUUUGAUAAAUUAGAGAGUGGGAGUUGCUCAGCCGCUCUUGACCACGUUUCCCAGACAGAGCAGUGAGGUUUGAGUCUAACUAUGGCGAAGUCGAUGUAUCUGCUGUGGGGGUCCGGAUCCCCUCCCUGCUGGCGCGUCAUGAUCACCCUGGAGGAGAAGAAACUACAGGGAUACAAACAAAAACUGCUGUCUUUUGAGAAAGAGGAGCAUAAAUCUAAAGAGGUUUUGGACAUCAACCCCAGAGGACAGCUUCCUACCUUCAAACAUGGAGACGACAUAAUCAAUGAGUCUACUGGAGCGUGUUUAUACCUGGAGAAUCAGUUCAAGUCUCAGGGCAACAAGCUGAUCCCCGACAACCCUGCAGAGAAAGCUCUGAUGUACCAACGAAUGAUGGAGGGUCUCACUCUAAUUGAGAAACUAAACUUGGUUAUCUUCUACGACUUCUACGUCCCUGAAGGAGAGCGCCAUGACUCUGCUCUGAAGAGAAACAAGGACAAUCUGGUCACUGAGCUUCAACUCUGGGAGAGCUACCUGGAGAACGUGUCUGCAGGCUGCUACCUAGCAGGAGGAUUCUCCUUGGCCGAUGUUGUCGUCUUUCCAAGCGUUGCUUAUGCCUUCCGUUAUGGGCUGUCUGCAGGUCGUUACCCCAAACUGGCCAAAUACUACAGCCUUCUGAAGGACAGACCCAGCAUCAAAGCUACUUGGCCCCCAAAAUGGUUCCAAAUCGAACAAAGAUCUGAAAGCCUGAAGGACAUCUGAACAACGAAAACACUGUCUUCAUUUGAAAUUACGAACUUAAUGUAGCAUGACCUUGUUCAUACAGGUCGAUCAUCACAUGGUUUCUCUACUUGUGGAUAAUGUAUCAGGUCAGAUGUGUCGUGAGGGUUUUACUUAUAAAGUUAAACUCAGACGAUCAAAAAAAUUCGACUAAUCACAGUUUUGCUUUGUCACUCAAUAAAGUCAAUUCAAAACUG